GAUCAAAAAAAUCAAAAGGACGAUAGCGUCAUUUCAUCAACUCAAACGGUCUCUAAUUUUCCUUUAGGUCCUCCCUCUCUACACAAAUGUCAUUUCCUUAAUAACACUUCACUACACUUUCCUUCUCUCCCUUUCGCCCUUCGCCCUUCGCCAAAACCAAUAACUCUUCACUGUUUAUCAAUUCUCUCUCUCUUUCUAACAAUGCCGAUUCAAUAUUGAUCACGUAAACUAAUCUCCUAUAAACUUUGUCAUACUUACUCCAUUGUUGCCGGCAAUAAUGUCGGUUUCCGGCGAGACUCAGAGUUCCGGGAACUCUUCGAUCACAAGUUUUUUCACUGCAAAAACUCCCAUUCUAGGUCUGCAGCUGUAUAUUGUGAUCGCCGCUACUGUUAUCAUUAUGGUUGUUAUACUUUUUCUCAUUUGUUUACUAAUCAGGCUAAAUCGAACCUCGAAACGAAAUUGCAUAGGAAGUAAGAAGAGUUCUGGUUUGUUGCCAUUGGUAGCUGAUGUGAUCCGCGAAAAUAGAACGACCGAUCUCAACGAGAUUGGUGGUAAAAUAGAUAGGAAAAAGGAGGAUGAGACUAUUGCGAUUCUACGAAAAGAAGCUCAGGAAGUGCUUGAGAUUGAGUCUGAAGGUAUAAAAGGAAGUUCAGGGAGUAAUGAGUCGAGUACUAGUCGGAGUGAUACAUCAUCGGCGAUCUCUGGUUCUAAUGAGUCGACCAAUAUUGGAUGGGGACGUUGGUACAGUUUGAAGGAACUGGAGAUGGCGACUAACGGAUUUCGUGCUGAGAAUGUGAUCGGUGAAGGUGGAUACGGCGUCGUAUUUCGUGGAGAGUUACAAGAUGGUUCAGUAGUAGCUGUCAAAAAGCUUCUAAAUAACAAGGGUCAGGCAGAGAAGGAGUUCAGGGUGGAAGUUGAGGCCAUUGGCAAAGUGAGACACAAAAACCUUGCGGGUCUUCUUGGUUAUUGUUCAGAAGGUGCUCACAGGAUACUAGUGUAUGAGUACAUUGACAAUGGCAAUUUAGAGCAAUGGCUACAUGGUGAUGUAGGGUCCGUUAGUCCUCUAACGUGGGAGAUUAGGAUGAAAAUCGCAAUUGGAACUGCUCGAGGACUUGCCUAUUUGCACGAAGGUUUGGAACCCAAAGUUGUCCACCGUGAUGUUAAAUCAAGUAAUAUUCUGUUGGAUAGGAAGUGGAAUCCAAAAGUAUCAGAUUUUGGACUUGCCAAGCUGCUAGUGUCUGAGAAAAGCUAUGUGACUACCCGUGUUAUGGGGACUUUCGGAUAUGUUUCUCCUGACUAUGCCAGUACUGGUAUGCUUAAUGAGGGGAGCGACGUGUAUAGUUUUGGUGUUAUGCUCAUGGAGAUUAUUACAGGAAGAAGUCCUGUUGAUUAUUCAAGACCACCUGGGGAGAUGAACUUGGUUGAUUGGUUUAAAGGAAUGGUAGCAAAUCGACGUGGUGAAGAAUUGGUCGACCCGUUAAUUGAAGUCCAUCCUCCUCCUAGAUCCCUAAAGCGGGUUUUGUUGAUCUGCCUUCGUUGCAUAGAUAUGGAUGCCAACAAGCGGCCAAAGAUGGGACAAAUAGUACAUAUGCUAGAGGCUGAUGAAUUUCCUUUCCGUUCAGAACCUCGACUAGUCCAGGAAGGUCCUCUAAAUCCACGUUUAGCCGGUAUCAAUAGACUUCAACUAGCUACUAAGAAUGGGGCAGGUGAUGAUGAUCAGAAACCUAGAGGAAGAUGAUAACCCUUUAUUUUGGGAUGAAGAGUUAUACAGGGUAUUUUAGUAUGUAUAUUCUUUCGAAUCAUUUCCGCUCAGUCCCAGUUUGUUGUUUCCUACGGUAUUAAUUUUGUGUCCUGAGCUGUGCUUAUUGCCUAUGUAGGCUAUAUAUCUUGGUCAAUUUUGUAUAUAAACAUAGUUACACUACACAAUGUCCUUGUAUUGACUCGGGAAAAACACUUGCAUUAUCUUAGUUAUUUACAAGCUAGUUUUACUUGAA